UUUUCUUUCUUUCAGCCUUUGUCUUUCUCUUCCUGCUUUGCUUCCACAACAGCAGUUUUUCUUUUCUUUUCUUCUUCGAUUUGUCGAUCUAGCCAUUUGGUCUCUCUCGAUCUUUCUUUUUUUUCGCUUCUUCAAUGGCCACUAAAGAUGCUAGAGCGAGAGAGUGGUGGGAGGUGAGAGAGAGCACAAUCAAAAGGCAAAGUUGAGAGUAGUGACUUUGAUAGUGAAUGAAUUGUGCUCCGUUUUCCUUUUCUAUUCUCCUCCUCCCCUGCCCUUACUGAUUGUUGUUGAAGGAAGAAGUCUGCUACUUUGAAAUUCGAAGCGAAGCUCUGUUCCUUGUUCUGUUCUGGGUUUUCAUUGUUCCGAUUGCUGUUCGUUGUUCGGUGGUGGGGAAAGAUUGGGAGAAAAGGGUUUCUUGAAUUCGGGUUUGUGGUUAGUGGUGGUGGGUCGGGUUUGAUUUGGCCGGAUUUGAUAUGGGUGGGUGCUUUCCUUGUUUCGGAUCAUCGAACAAGGACGGCAGCAGCAACGGCGGCGGCGGCGGAGCUGGAAGUGGCGGCAAAGAAGCUGUGAAGAAAGACUUGGUGAAGGAAGCCUCAGUUCCUCAGUCUCACCAUGUUAGUCGGGUCGGUUCAGACAAAUCGAAAUCUCGGGGUGGUUCUGAGUCUAAGAAAGAGCCGGCAAUCCCGAAAGAUGGGUCGACAGCUCACAUUGCAGCUCAAACGUUCACAUUCCGUGAGCUAGCUGCUGCCACCAAGAACUUUAGAGCCGAGUGCUUGUUGGGCGAAGGAGGGUUUGGGCGGGUGUACAAAGGCCGACUGGAAAGCAGUGGACAGGUAGUAGCAGUGAAACAACUUGAUCGCAAUGGGCUUCAAGGAAAUAGGGAGUUUUUGGUUGAAGUUCUUAUGCUUAGUCUCCUUCACCAUCCAAAUCUUGUAAAUUUAAUUGGUUAUUGCGCUGACGGGGAUCAAAGGCUUCUUGUAUAUGAAUACAUGCCCUUGGGUUCAUUGGAAGAUCAUCUACACGACCUUCCAGCAGACAAAGAGCCCCUGGACUGGAACACGAGAAUGAAGAUAGCAGCAGGCGCAGCCAAAGGGUUGGAAUACCUGCACGACAAAGCCAACCCUCCAGUCAUCUACCGAGACUUAAAAUCAUCGAACAUACUCCUUGACGAGGGAUUCCACCCGAAGCUGUCGGAUUUUGGGCUAGCAAAGUUGGGUCCUGUCGGCGACAAGACUCACGUCUCUACUCGUGUCAUGGGGACUUAUGGUUACUGUGCUCCUGAAUAUGCCAUGACUGGACAGCUCACAUUGAAAUCCGAUGUUUACAGCUUUGGGGUCGUGUUUCUCGAGCUCAUCACCGGGCGCAAGGCCAUCGACAACACCAGAGCCCCUGGAGAACACAAUCUCGUUGCAUGGGCGAGGCCGCUUUUCAAGGAUCGAAGGAAGUUUCCGAAGAUGGCAGAUCCAUUACUCCAGGGGCGGUAUCCAAUGCGAGGGCUAUACCAAGCACUGGCAGUCUCAGCAAUGUGCUUGCAAGAGCAAUCUGCUACAAGGCCACUGAUAGGAGAUGUGGUAACUGCAUUGACAUAUCUAGCGUCCCAAACCUACGACCCGAGCGGCCCAACAAGUCAGAGUAACCGAGGGGGACCAUCUACACCGAGGAGCAGGGGAGACGGGACUGACAGCCCGGAUGGUCGUCUUGGUUCGCCCUCUGUUCACAGGAAUUCGCCCGACUACAGAAAGAGAGACCGCCACAGGGAGUUGGGCACAGGUCCAGAGUUGGGUUUUGGUGAAUCGGGCAGUGGUGGAGGUUCCGGUAGGAGAAGGGGUGGUAGUGGUGUGGAUGAGUUAGAGCGGCAGGACUCUCGGAGGGACAGUCCAGUGCACGGCGCCAGCAGAAUGAGGGAAGGCUCGAGGAACCGGGAUUUGGACAGGGAGAGAGCGGUGGCCGAGGCGAAGGUUUGGGGCGAGAACUGGAGGGAAAAGAAGCGGGCGAAUGCCGCGGGUGGUAGCUUCGAUGCUGGUAAUAGUAGUAACGAGUGAAGGAAGUAGGAAUCACACUGUUGCAAAACGUUGCACAGGAUGAAGGGGAAAAGAUGCUGAAUGUUGUGAAAUCCUUACUGUGAGAGGAAUCACAGCGGAGCUGGUGAACCAUCCUUGUAUGGAGUCAAGUCAGUUGGUCGGUCGGUCGAGGGAAAGUGAGGUAAAGGAGAAGUGGUCAAUCUUUGUAUCCAACUUUUGACUGAUGAUGAUGUUGUAAUUGGGUUCUAGUAGUAGUCUUUUGUUGAGAGAAUGAAAACCGAAUCGCAGGCCGUGAAUGCUUCAAUUUCUUGUGGUUGAAGGAAUGCAAAGAUGGAUACAGAGGGAGUGUGAUAGAAAAGAGAAGGCGAGGUUUGACGAAGUGGGUCAUUGUAGGUGGUCGAUGCUUAUGUUGAUGAGGUUCAGAGCAUUUGUUGGAAAAGGAAAAAAAGAACGUGUCCUUUUUAGUUGUAGAAUAUGAUGUAUGUAAUUGUGAUCUUUUUGUGUAUUUAGGGGUCUUCUUCCUUUUGUCUCUUCUAUUCUUCCUAUUUGUUUUGGUUAUGCAAAUGCCAAGGAGAUAAGGGAAAAUGGGAUCUCUAUUAGGAGGAACUCUCGAGCCCCCUCAGCUCCAUCCAUGGCGGGCAAUCG